AUUCACUAUAUCCGGUCUUCCACAGUACCGGAAAUUCAAUUAUUUUAGUAAAUAUAAACUGUUAAAUACCGUUUCUCAUCAGCAGUUAGAGCAGUCUUAGCACUGGUUUAAAGCUUGUAAAAGGAGUUUUCAUUCUCCUCUUGGAGGAUGUAGGACCCCUGACCUCUGUCUGGACAGUGCUGAUUGGCCCUGUGCUGAUCACAUGCACUCUCCCAAAGAAAAAAAAAAAACCUCUCUAGAAAUACACACCAAACUGAGCAUGUGCAAAGUGACUCCACAUGAUAUGUCUUAUCAGGAGAAAAGAGGGGGGGGGGGUGCUGGAAGAAAGGGUGGACCAGAGAAGUCAGGAUCAAGCAGCGUUUUUACACAAUGUGGAGGAUUAACCCCUUAGGUUUCACAGUGAGUAUAACAAGCAUGCUUUACUGCAUAUACAGACUGAUUUUACUGUUAUGGCUUUAG